AUGGCAGGGGAACUAAAGAGGUACAUUGUAUCAGUCUUUAUGGUGGAAGACACCAGUAGCAUACCAGAACUUCACAAAAGUCAGGGGGUAGAGUUCAUAUUGACUGAAGGUAGCAUGAUGACCUCGAUAUUCUUCCUUUUUGUUGUAGGUAAUAUGAUGAAGGUAAAUCCUGAAGAGCGAUUGACUAUCACAGAGGUUGUAAAUCAACUGCAGGAGAUCGCUGCUGCUAGGAAUAUUAAUCUUAAAUCCCCAAUUACAGAGCUCCUGGAGCAGAAUGGAGGGGUGGCCAACAGUACGAUGGCAAGUUCAGCGCCACAGUGGAACAAACCAGCAGGACAUCUGAACAACAUGCACAAUGCAGGUGUUGAAAAUGAUGUAUCGCAUCAUGGAGGGUUGCUUGAUAUUCUCAAAGGAGGCACGGAGCGCUUCCUGACUAACAUCAAAGAUACAUCCUCAAAGAUGAUCCAGUCAGUUGCCAACAAUCCCAGCUAUGCUAAAGGAGAUUUGGACAUUUCAUAUAUUACAUCAAGAAUAGCCGUUAUGUCAUUUCCAGCUGAAGGUGUUGAGUCUGCAAUCAAAAACAACAUUGAAGAUGUUAGAUUGUUUCUGGAUUCCCGCCAUCCAGGACAUUAUGCAGUAUACAAUCUAUCACAACGAACCUACAGAUCCUCCAAAUUCCAUAACAGAGUUUCUGAAUGUGGCUGGCCUGCACGUCGUGCCCCGAGUCUACAAAACCUGUACAAUAUUUGCAGGAAUAUGCACUUAUGGCUGAAACAAGAUCAGAAGAAUAUUUGUGUUGUUCAUUGCCUUGUAAGUUGCGUACAAGUGUGUUUAUGUGAGACAUUAAAAGUCAUUGUUGGAAAAGG